GCAACUUGUUGCGGGAGGCUGGACUCUGGUGACUGUCAGUGGUUGCAUACGCUCCCUCCUCCUGUCCCUGUCGUGCUGGGCCUUUGAAACCGGCUUCUUUGGUGGUGGCUGCUGGGCCAUUGGGAUAUAGGUCGUUUUGGGACCCCAGGUAGUAACCCAGCUCAUUCUGAAAUAAAGCUGAGAAAUGACAAGGGUGAAAAAUUCGACUUUCAAGAGUUAGAACUGAAUCCGAUGUUACAUAAUGGCAACAGGUGACUUAAAAAGAAGCUUACGGAACCUAGAACAGGUGCUCCGCUUGCUAAAUUAUCCUGAAGAGGUGGACUGUGUAGGUUUGAUAAAGGGAGACCCAGCAGCAUCUUUGCCCAUCAUCAGCUAUUCUUUUACCUCAUACUCACCUUAUGUAACAGAACUUAUAAUGGAAUCCAAUGUAGAGCUCAUAGCAAAAAAUGACUUGCGCUUUAUAGAUGCUGUCUAUAAGCUCCUUCGUGAUCAGUUUAAUUAUAAACCAAUUUUGACAAAAAAGCAGUUUAUCCAAUGUGGUUUUGCAGAAUGGAAAAUCCAAAUUGUUUGUGAUAUUUUGAAUUGUGUGAUGAAAAAGCACAAGGAAUUAAGUAGUCUUCAGAAGAUUCCAUCACAGCAAAGAAAGAAAAUCAGUUCUGGCAAGUCAGAACCUUCUUUGAGCAAUGAGAAAAUAUCUGCAGAGGCUAUUGGCGUUGAUAUCAGUGGCAGGUUUAUGACUUCAGGAAAGAAGAAAGCUGUGGUGAUUCGUCACUUGUAUAAUGAAGAUAAUGUUGAAAUUUCUGAGGAUACAUUAAGUCCAAUAACAGAUGUUAAUGAAGCAGUUGAUGUAUCUGACUUAAAUGCUACUGAAAUAAAGAUGCCUGAAGUAAAGUUUCCUGAAAUCAAGGCUGAGCAACAGGAUAUAAAUGUUAAUCCUGAGAUUACUGCACUACAGACUAUGCUUGCUGAAUGCCAAGAAAAGCUUAAGGAACUGACUUUGAUAGAGAAAAGGUUAGACUGUUUGGAACAAAAAAUGAAAGGAAAUGUGAUGGUAGAUGAAAACACCUGGACUAAUCUGCUUAGUCGUGUCACUCUUCUUGAAACAGAAAUGCUUUUGUCUAAAAAGAAUGAUGAAUAUGUAGAGUUUAAUGAAAUUAAUGAAGACUGCGCUUCUUGUAGCAACAUGGACCUUCUGAAUCCUCACAGAAAAAACAAAGUAGAGAGGCCAGCAAGUAUUCCUCUGUCCUCUGGCUAUAGUACAGCAUCAUCAGAUUCGACUCCCAGAGCCUCUACCAUUAAUUACUGUGGUUUGAAUGAGAUUUCAGAGGAAACAACAAUCCAGAAAAUGGAAAGGAUGAAAAAAAUGUUUGAAGAAACUGCAGAGUUACUGAAAUGUCCAAAUCACUACUUGUAGGAUUUUCUACAUGAACUUUUCUAGGACUUCGGUUACUAUACAUAUUGUAUAUUUUAAGAAUUCUUUAUAUAAUUUUAAUAUACUACAAUUUUUGACAAUUUGGAUUCCAUUUGGUAUAUGAAUUUUUGCAUUCAUUAUUGAAUAAAUCUUUUAAUAUUUUUGAGCAAUGAUUAUACUGCUUUACCUUGUGUCCCUUUUUUUUCUUUUUUUGAGGAAAAACUCAUGUUCCAGUCUAUUUCUCUUACAGAGUGAAGUCAUUACAGCACUGUAUUUCUGUGUUGACAUUUGUUGGCAGUGUGCUAAGUAAUGUUUUUUAAAGCACAGGCUUGAGGACUAUGGUUUACAUCCUGUUGGAAACAUUCCAAAUGGGACUUGUGUAUUAUACCCAGGAGGCUUUCAUAUAUGCCAUCUUUGCAUCUGUACUGAUGAAUAAGUUAUAAUAAACAGUUAAAAAUACUCAUUGAAAAUUAUAAAGACAGCUAUUUCA